CAUUGUUACUAAGCUAAAAUAUGCCUCCGUUUAGCGUUGUUUGUUAGAUUUCAUUGUAAACACCAUGUAAUCGUUAGCAUUCGUGCUAGCUGUUCAAUACGAGUGAGGAUCAAUGCGAAUUUUAAACAACAGUGGUGGAUUCUUCAUUUAUAAUUUAGCCCUCCACCGUCCCACAAACUUCAUCACAAUGACCAAGCUUCUGGAGUGGCUUCUUGGUGUGUCGCUGAUUGGUGUGGCAUGGGGACUCGUUACCUUUGACCUCCUUGAUUUGCAGUUGCCUCCCCAGUAUAGAGAGCUGGCGUGGCCCAUGCCUGUAUAUCUGCUGGUGGCGUUUGGUUGUUAUUCACUGGCAGCUGUCGGCUACCGUGUGGCCACGUUUAAUGACUGUGAGGACGCGGCCAAAGAGUUGCAAGCACAAAUAAAAGAAGCCAAAGAGGAUUUAAAGAAGAAGGGACUGAAGAUGUGAGAAUUACAUCUUGGCUUCUGUUUUUUAUAUACAAAUGCAAACAUAGUCUCAUUGUUUCUGUUUACUUUGUGAUGUCUGUACUACAAUAUGCACUCAAGACUGCAGCUCAAAGCUGUCCAACUUUGUUCAAGUCUUUUUUUCUACAUGAUGUAAAUAAUAGUUUGAAAUGUAAGCACCUGCACACCUGUGAACGAUCUAUUUCCAGCAAUAUGACAGUCUUAUUUUAAACAUUAUAGGCACAUGCAUGUAUUGUCAAUGGAGAGCAGAGCUAUUUCCGUACAACCUCCAGAGAGUGUGUAUUUGCAUUUGCCAGGGACUGAAUAUGUCUUUUUUGAACCAGUUCUUUUUAGCGAGUCAGACUUAGAAAUGAACCCACUGUGUAGAUUUGCGCUUGCACAAGGGCAGCAUUUCAGUAAAUCAACCAUUUAAUGUGAAUAUUAUAGGGUCCUAAUAAAAGAAGUGGCCUACAUAGGGCUUUUCACACUUGAAAUAGUUAACCCUGGGUCAUUUUAAAGCUCAGGUAAACGAAAUCCAGGGUUAUUUUGCUUUACGUUUCACACUGCUCAUAAUUUGCCCGGAUUAAAAAUGAAUGCUGUUUAUUCAUAAAAUAACAUGUCACACUGUGCAUGCAUUUCCCGGGUUAACGUUCUUAUUUGCAUAUUUGUGGUGUAAGUGUCACUGAUUGGACGAACGCAGCACGUGACCUUUUUCCUUAACGAUUCUAGCAUCCUCGUAUUAGUAGCUAUAUCAUUUACAGAAAAAAUGUGCACAGCAAUGAAGGGGUGACACUAAAAUAUCAAGAGUGCAAAAAUAGACACACUCCACCCUCCACCCCCCACCGACAUAAAUAUAUGAACUAGUGUGACUGUAACACAAAGCAUGUUUCUGCAAAUGCGUGAAAUAAAAUCGAUAAUUCAGCCCCAAUGCAGUAAAAACACAGACACCAAGGAAGGGGUUACACUCUAAAACAUCAGUACAAAACAGACACACACACACUCACUUACACACACAAAUGAACUGGUGUGUAGCAACAUGGCAAAAUUGAGCCAGAAGACUCAAAUAAGGUU